AUGGGCAUGCCUGAAUCGAUCGAACUGGUGGUCAUUCCUUGGAGAAGCACGAAUACACGGUGCAUGACUAGGAGGUCCAACAAGGACAACCUAGUUGAACAUCCAGAUAUAGACAAGCUCGAGAAGCAACUUAGGAAGCAAAAAGCCCAAGAGAUGGCCGACGAAGCAGCUCGCGCUCACGCCGCUGAAGUGGCGCGCGCUCAAGAAGAAGGACGAGAUCCACCUCCUCCUCCUCCUAAUCCACAAGACCCUGCUGGAGAUGUGAAUGUGCAACCUCAAGCUGGAGCACCAAACAAUCGGAGACUAUGA